GGACAAUCACUCUUGUUGUGACUUCCAAUCGAUUGAUACGACGCCAAGCACAAGUCGACAGCUCGGCGCCACCAGCUUGUUGCUCGACGGCGCCUCCAAGAUGGAUACGGUGCUGGCGUCAGUCGAGCGAUAACAAACAUGAAGGCCCAGCAGUCCUCAGCUCAUUUCGAAAUUGGACUCUCACAUCAAAAGCUGUAGAGCUUUAGAAACUCCACUAUGAGCGUAGGACUUACGAUCAUCCAAGUGUUGGCGUCGAUCUGCUCGGUUGCCAUGAUCCUGAGCUCCGUGCCUGCAAUGUACGGCAUCCACAAGCGUCAAGACACCGGAGAGGUGGCACUUUUCCCGCUCGUGGGACUCUGGAUCAACUGUCACGUGCUGAUGCUGUAUGGUUGGGCAACCGCGGACUAUUUCCCUCUCUUUGCCACGUAUCUGUUCGGCGACAUCGUGGCCGUGCUGUACGUUGCUGUGUUCUUUCGAUGGACUAAGCAACGCCAGUACGCUGCCAAGGCUAUUGGUGCGUCCUUCUUCGUAGUGGCGACCACCGCUAUCUACACGAUUCUAGGAAUGACGGGCGCCACUGGACAGUCGACCGACCAGGUUGGCCUUGUCACGGGUUACAUGAUGGCAGUGGGCAGUGUGUUGCUGUAUAUCUCGCCAUUUGAGACCAUCAAGACCGUGCUGAAGACUCGGUCGGGCGCGUCGAUCCCCUUUGGCAUGUGUCUUGCAGGCGCGACGUCCAAUGUUCUCUGGAUGAUCAACGGUCUGCUGACAAGCGACGUCUUUAUUUUUCUCCUCGGAACCGUGUGCGCAACGUUGGGAUUGGUGCAAGUGGUGCUGUAUCUCAUCUUUCGCCCAGGCCGAACGCAGGUUGGCCUGGAGGUCGUAGUGGACCUGUCUCCAUCAGGCAAGAAAUUUCUUCUUCCGGUGACGACUGCGAACACACCACAAACCGGCGACACCACGGACACACCUGCUUCGCCAGUAUUCGUCGCUGUUCACUCGCCGUAA